AUGGAGAAAAUUGUUGUGCUGCCACCACUUGAUAAUAAAGCGCUUCUGAAGCAAUUACCAAACGCAAAGAUCGGUGAUGUAACCAAGUUGAUGUCCUCGCAUCUGAAAGAUGUUAAAAGCAUGAGUUCAGUCAAAGAAAUGAUGGAUAUGGCACGGGAAUGUGAACGUUCGUUAACACCAAAGCAAUGUACAGUGCUGGACGCAGCGUUGGAUGCCAUCAAGGAGUGCUUCCAUGCAGGUGGUCAAGGCUUGAAGAAGUCCUUCUUCGAGAAAUCGCCCGAAUUGCAAUCGCUCAAAUACGCACUUUCACUAUACACGCAAACCACUGAGCAGCUCAUCAAAACGUUCAUUACGAGUCAAAAACAACAAGAUUUGCCAUCACAAGAGCAACCUGUUGGAGAGGUCAGCGUUCAAGUGGAUCUGUUCAGUCAUCCCGGAACAGGAGAGCAGAAAGUUACAGUGAAAAUUUUGGCUGCAAACGAUCUGAGGUGGCAAACCGCAAGCGUCUUCAAACCAUUUGUGGAGAUUCACUUAGUUGGUCCGCAUUUAGCGGAUAAGAAGCGUAAAAUGGCCACAAAAUCAAAAGCCGGCAAUUGGGCACCAAAAUUCAACGAGACGUUUCAUUUCUUCCUUGGUAAUGAAGGUGAACCAGAACAUUACGAGUUGAUGUUUCAAGUGAAGGACUAUUGUUUCGCUCGUGAGGAUCGUAUCGUUGGUGUGGGAGUGCUGCAGCUGGCGGGUGUUGUUGAACAAGGCUCGUGCGCUUGCUGGGUACAACUUGGACGACGAUUCCAUAUUGAUGAAACCGGAUUGAUUUUGCUCAGGAUACUGAGUCAACGUCAAACGGAUGAAAUCGCACGAGAAUUCGUCCGUCUGAAGUCCGAGUGUCGCUUCGAGACGGAGUCCACUAUAGCAGCAUCUGUAAGCAAUCAGACGAUA